GACCGCCUCUCCGUCCAGAUCUAUAGUAACUGUUGGAGGAUUCUCUCAUUUUUUUGUCCCAUUUUUUUUGUGUUUGUUUGUUUAUCGGAAACGUUUUAUUUCCUUGUUUUGGGGAGUUGAAUAUGUCCGGACCGCGGCAAUGUUAGCUUUUGGUUCAGAAGGCGAGCCGUUCCUCUUUAGCUGCGACGCGUAACGGAAAAUGGAUCCAAAGAAAGCUAGCUAGCUAUGGCAAAGUUUGUGUGGGGUACAGUAGAUAGGUAAGUGUGUGUGAGUGAGAGAGUGAAUGAGUGUGUGCGAGUAUGUACGUGUCUGACUGAGUGUGUGUUUGUAUGUGUGUGUGUGCGUGUUGUGAAGAACCUGUCAGGAGAUUUUGGACAGACAGGACAAGAGAUUUGCAGUGUGUGUUGGUUUGAAUUUAGCGCGAGACGUUUAAGAACAAGUGUUGGAAUAAGAAUAAACACACACGCGCACACCCAUACACAGGGAGAGCUGUGGGGUUUUUAAACGGACGCAUUGAGCACUUCUUCCUGACUAUAACGGAGCUGAAACAUGACGCCGUGACCAGAGAGCCAGUCUUGUUUGGGCAGCUCCUGUAAGCUGCUGCUUCAUUUCUCACUUUUGCUUGGCACUCCACUCUAGUUUCGCAAGCAGCACCAGGAAAUCCUUAUCUCGACCGAGAAAGCAGCCUCGGUUUUUUUUUUGUUUUUUUGUUUUUACGUUUAAAAGCAUUCCGCUAAACUUACAAGAGCUCUGCGUUUAAUAUAUGUAUAUAUUUUAAACCAGUGGAUCCAAACAAGAAGAAAAAAAAUUAACGCACUUGUUUUCAAACACAUCAGGAUCCGACAGACCAAAUGUUGUCUAAGUUGAUUUGAAGAUUUGCUGCCUUCGCUUCAUGUGCACGUUUUGAGGGACUUGAAGAACUGAGGUUUCCAGACCUCCAUCCUCUCUGAUGGAGCUGUGCCUGGCCUGCUUGCCAUUUGUCACCUUACUGACUCUUCUAUCCUCCGAGGUCACGCCGUCCCUUGCCCAAAAGGUUUACACAAACACAUGGGCCGUCCAUAUCAGCGGAGGAGAGGAGGAAGCCAACCGCAUUGCCCAAAAGCAUGGUUUCAUUAACCAUGGCAAUAUAUUUGGAGACUACUACCAUUUCCGGCACCGCAGGGUGGUGAAACGGUCUUUAUCACAAAACAGAGGAACACACAUUCGCCUGCACAGAGAACCCCAGGUAAAAUGGGCAGAGCAACAAGUGGUGAAAUCGAGGAAGAAGAGGGACAUUUAUUCCGAGCCAGCUGAUCCCAAGUUUGAACAGCAGUGGUACCUGUUCAAUACCAACCAUCGUGACCUCAAUGUGAAAGAAGCCUGGAAGCAAGGUGUUACCGGAAAAGAUGUGGUGGUGUCCAUAUUGGAUGAUGGAAUUGAAAAGAACCACCCAGACCUCGAGAGGAAUUAUGAUCCUGAUGCCAGCUACGAUGUGAACGAUGGAGAUCCAGACCCUCAGCCUCGAUAUACCCAGCUCAAUGACAACAGACAUGGCACACGAUGUGCUGGAGAGGUAGCUGCAGUUGCCAACAAUGACAUCUGUGGUGUCGGCGUAGCCUACAAUGCCAAGAUUGGAGGUGUUCGGAUGUUGGAUGGAGAGGUCACUGAUGUGGUUGAGGCUCAGUCCCUCAGCCUCAACCCUCAGCAUAUAGAUAUCUACAGUGCCAGCUGGGGACCCGAGGAUGACGGCAAAACUGUGGAUGGCCCUGCCAAGCUGGCAAAGGAAGCUUUUUUAAAAGGUGUAUCUGAGGGUCGUCGUGGGCUGGGCUCCAUCUUUGUGUGGGCAUCUGGUAACGGUGGCCGAGAUAAAGACAACUGCAACUGUGACGGCUACACCAACAGCAUUUACACACUCUCAAUCAGCAGCAGCACACAGUACGGCAACGUGCCAUGGUACAGCGAGGCCUGCUCCUCCACCCUCGCCACCACCUACAGCAGUGGAGGACUCAACGAGAAACAGAUAAUCACUACAGACCUGAGACAGAAGUGUACAGACUCCCACACAGGCACCUCAGCUUCAGCUCCUCUCGCUGCUGGCAUCAUAGCCCUCGCCCUGGAAGCCAAUAAAAACCUGACAUGGAGGGAUAUGCAGCACCUGGUUGUAAGAACAUCUGAUCCAGCUCACCUGAUCACUAAUGACUGGAAGACCAAUGGGGUCGGACGAAAAGUAAGCCACUCGUAUGGAUAUGGCCUGCUGGAUGCCGCUGCCAUUGUAACCCAAGCCAAAAACUGGACCAAUGUAGGUCCUCAGCAGAAGUGCGUCAUCCCAAUGCUGUCUGAGCCCAGGAACAUUGGGAGCCAUCUGGUCAUCACCAAGACUGUAGAUGCAUGCUUAGGCAAGUCCAACUUUGUGAGCUCUCUGGAACAUGUUCAAGCCCAGCUCACAAUGUCCUACAACCGGCGUGGAAAUCUGGGAAUCUACCUGAUCAGCCCACAGGGCACACGUUCGACUUUGCUUGCCCCCAGGCCUCGUGAUUAUUCCUCUGAAGGCUUCAAUGACUGGGCCUUUAUGACCACCCACUCAUGGGAUGAAGACCCUAAGGGCGAGUGGACUCUGGAAAUUGAGAAUGUGGCCGGAACGAGUGACUAUGGCACUCUGACUCAGUUCACGCUGGUUCUCUAUGGGACUGCCUCCGCAUCCGCUGGCUCAUCCAUGCCAGACUCCAACCAGCUCCCUGAAGAAGGAUGUAAAACGUAUGACCUCAGUCAAAUUUGCACAGAAUGCAACCCAGGGUUUUACAUGUACCAGCAGGGUUGUGUACGUGAGUGCCCUCCAGGCUUCACGCCAGUCUCUCCUUCUGAUCCCUCCUCAGAUAACGAGGUGUCUCCUGUCCUGCGUCCAACCUGCAUGCCCUGCAAUGAGCUUUGCCUUACCUGCAGUGGUACAACGGCAGAAGACUGCCUUUCAUGCCCGCCCCACAGCCACCUGGACCCAACUACUGGCACCUGCCAGCACCAGAACCAGAUUCAGCGUGAAUCACCCGAUGCUGUGUUAUUCGGACCGCACGACAGCUCCUCUUCUGUUGUCAUGAGUCUACAGCAAUUGUCCAACCUGCCUGCCAUUGUCGCAGUGCUCAGCUGUGCCUUUAUUGUAUCCACCUUUGUAGUGGUGUUUGGCCUGCUCCAGUUCCGCUCGUAUAACCUCAAUAAAGUGUACAAUUCUGGUGGUGGAGUGGGCUCAGUGAUGCGUGCCAGCUUCGGCCUAGGCAUGGCACGCAGCGACAUCAUUUCCUACAAGGGAAUCCCGAGCGUUUGGAACGAAGACGGGGGUAACUCAGAGUCUGAGACCGAUGAGUUUGACGUCCACAAUGAGAGAACUGCCUUCAUCAAAACACAAAGUGCUCUUUAACCCUAUCCCAAUACACAUUUGCUAUCUAACUUUUUCUCAGUUAUUUUCUUUCUUUUUCAGGCUUGUCUCCUCUUUAUUUCUUUGGGUUUGAUCCUGCUGUAUUUAAUAUUUUUCCAUAGUGGUGAGCUCUAAUGUCAGGGCUGCUUUGAACACCUUUUUCUUUUUUUUGGCUCACCUGGCCUCAGUGCCUCUAAAGGCAAGCCUCCAUGGACGAUUCGCUGUGGGAUAAGACAAUUUUUUAUCCCAGACUUGCCAGCAGGAUUGUCCAAAAACACAAUAAAACAGAGUGAUUGUCA